AUGGUGUUGAACAAACUUCUGUUUCUUGUUUUUCAGCUGUUAUGUACAGUAUCUGCACAGGAAAUUGAGCAUUGCAAUUGCAGAGCACUACUUGGAGAUCCAACAUGGCCAUCUGGAAUAGAGUGGAAUAAACUCAACAGAACAGUUAAUGGUAGACUGGUAGCUACGAUACCCAUCGCGAGCCCAUGUCAUGAUCCCAAUUACAAUGAAAGUGAAUGCGCAUAUCUACAAGCUACCUGGGCCAACCCAAGUUUGCAUUUUAAUUCAUCUUCUUCAUUGAUAGCUCCAUACUUUGCUAUCCUCGGAAACCAGAGCUGCGAUCCUUAUUCUCACGAAUCAAGUCCUUGUCGCUUGGGAAACUUGGUCAAUUAUGCUGUUAAUGUGUCGAAAUCUGAGCACGUCAUUGCUGCCAUUCAGUUUGCAAAGAGUCAUAAUAUUCGAUUUGUAAUCCGAAAUACUGGUCAUGACUAUCUGGGGAAGUCGACCGGUGCAAACGCAUUGGCUGUUUGGACACAUAACCUAAAGAGUAUCUCAUUCUCUGACUGGUCAUCUGAAUAUUACACUGGCAAAGCUAUGACAAUUGGUGCUGGUGUUCAAGGCUUCGAAGCUCUAGAGGCUGCUCAUGAAGCAGGCUUGGUGACAGUGGGUGGUGAAUGUCCCACGGUUGGAAUCGCCGGAGGUUACACUCAAGGAGGUGGUCAUUCCGCUCUCGCCAGUAAUUUCGGUAUGGGUGCUGAUCAGACGCUUUCCUGGGAAGUUGUGACCGCUGGUGGAGAUGUAGUCACUGCUUCAAGAACCGAAAACACGGAUCUAUAUUGGGCUUUGAGCGGUGGUGGAGGAGGUACCUAUGGAGUUGUCAUGUCUCUUACCGUUAGGGUAUAUCCUGAUACAGUCGUUAGCGGUGCAUCUCUUGCAUUCGCAGUAGCCGCUGAUAAUUCCAAUAUCGAAACAUUCUGGGCAGGGGUGGAAGCCUUUCAUUCUUACCUUCCUGCAAUGGUCGAUGCAGGAACUAUGGUUGGCUACGGCGUUUCCUCUACUGCUUUCCGCAUAAUUGGUAUGACAGCAUACAAUAAGACUCGAUCUGAUGUACGAGGGAUAAUGACCAAUUUCACCAAUGCCCUCACGACUUUCGGCAUUAAUUAUACAGUGUCAUUUACAGAGUACCCAACAUAUCUUGAACACUACAACAACUAUCUUGGCCCUCUUCCAUAUGGUCCUUGGGGUGGGCCAGACAUAAAUACUGGUGGAGGCCGAUUGAUACCAAGAAGUGUCAUCCAGAAAAACAACAAGAUCUAUGUCGCUACCAUCCGUAAUAUUACCAAUUAUGGUAUACCCUACACAGGUGUCGCCUUGAAUGUCUCGUCUCCUCAGAUUAUCUCCACUGUGGAGAAUUCCCUUCUCCCGGCUUGGCGCGAUGCUCUUAUCCAUGUGAUCAUGACCACCCCUUGGAAUUAUUCCGCGCCAAUAUCAGAAAUGGUAGCUGCACAAUAUUUCAUGGUAAAUAAGAUUAUCCCUAAACUCGAAGCGCUUACCCCUGGCGGAGGAGCUUAUCUAAAUGAAGAUAAUUUCAGACAGAGCAAUUGGCAGGAAACGUUUUACGGGAAGAAUUAUGGCACUUUAUUAGGCAUCAAAAAUAAAUGGGAUCCAGAUCACCUUUUUUACGCAACAACUGCUGUGGGUAGUGAGGAGUGGCGUGUAGCGUCCGAUGGGAGGAUGUGCCGGACUGGUAACAAAACUACUUCGAAUUCAACAUCCACGUGA